UGGACCGAUGUGUUUUUUGUUGUGACAAUGAGAACAGUCUUUUUAUUGCUAUGUUUAUUUGUUUCCGUUUACGGCUGGGGUCGGGGCGACUUCGAGAAAUAUGGACCCUUCCAGAUAGCGUUACGUUCGAAUUUAAUUAAAUGUAGACACGACAAAGAUCUAAACCUCGACGUAAGUGGCGUAUACGUUUACUUCUACGACUUCUCAAGAAACCAUGUUGGAACUUACCUAAUUGACAACGCCGCCCAGGGAAUCCUCGCAACACCUGAACUGGACAAAGUCAAGAAAUUCAUUAUCUUCGUGCCUGGAUACAAGUCUAACAUCACUAAGAAAACUGAAGAACAAAUCAGAAACACGUUCCGAAACUAUCCAAACAGUUAUCUGAUUAUUCUAGAUCAUUCUCAAUAUACUAACAACAAACAUGGAUAUAUAAAAAGCUAUGAACGUUCUGUUCAACAUGUUCACUAUAUAGGGAAAGCAUUGGCUAAAAUGUUAUCUGAAUUGAGGAAGGCGGGCAUAUCCCCGAAGAAUAUGCACUGCAUUGGACACAGUUUAGGAAGCCAAAUGCUCGGACAAACUGGAGAAAUCUUCAUCAAUAUGACUAACGAAAGAAUAUCCAGAAUCACAGCUUUGGAUCCAGCUGGACCGUGUUUCUCCAACAGUCUUAUCGAAGAGCAAGUUAGAUCAGGGGUAGCGGAUUACGUUGAGGUCUAUCAUUGUAAUGCUGGUGGUUUAGGAACGACUAGCGUUUUGGGAGAUGUUGAUUUCUUUGUGAAUAAGAAAGGCGCGUCCCAACCCAAUUGUGGUACUCCAUGGAUUCCUGGUAUUUUUGAUUCGUCUAAAGCAGCGAAAUGCAACCAUAGGACAUGUAUUGACGUGUAUACAGCAACCGUGAGUCAUCCCGAGUGGUUUGUGGCUCAUAAGUGUGAUACAUAUAAGGAUUAUAAGGCAGGAGGUUGUUCAAGGAAUGAUAUUACUAUGGCUGGCUUCUGGAACCCUGGUACCGCGACUGGCGUCUACUAUUUCUCUACUGAUGGUUAUGAUAUUAAACAGUAAUCAUUUGGGACCGUAAUCAAAAUAAAUAAA